GUUAGUUGCCUCCCAGAAGAUGCUACAGUCAUGAACUGCAUUCUCCAUAUCUUAUAUGGCACAUCAUCAUGCAUCUACUGUCCCGACUUUGAAACUAUCACUCAGACAUUUGAGACUCUCCAAAAGUAUGGUUGCCGGCUCUCCAAAUGCAUUCCCCAGGACUCCGAGAUUUUCACUGACCUCAUCUGCCAUGCAGCAGAACCAAAUACAGAUGCACUGAAAGUUUAUAUGCUGGCAGCUUCACAUGGUUUCAAAGAACUUGUGGUCCAGUGCUCUUACUAUGCACUUCGCAUCCCCAUCAGUAGGAUUGAUGAAGGCAGCUCUAUCAUGAUGGGGCUGCUGUAUCUGCUUCACUUGUUGCAGCUCCAUGUGACUCAAAGAGCUGCACUUCACAGAUUGCUUAUGGAGCCACCAGAGCAUCAUGAAGAUAUGCCAUUUUGCAACUGGAGGAGGCAAAUAGGGACAACGAGGGCAUAUGGUCUGAUUGCUGGCUACUGUUAG